GAUAGUGUGAGAGCUGUGGAUGGACUCAGUGAGUGAGUGUGGAGCUGCUGUUGCUGUUCCUGUUGUUUAAUAGGCUGAAGAAAGCUCGUGAAGCCCCCAGGCUGAAGAUCUACAUGUCUGUGUAUUGUCCUCAAGUCUACUGCCCUGCGUUUGUGCCGCGUCGUGAAAUGACCGAAGUGAUGAUCAGCGCCACUCCAAUGGAGGACAUGCGGCUCAGCCCCGGCAAAGAGAGCCUCGCCUUCCAGAUCUUCCCAGACCCUUCGGAUUUCGAGCGCUGCUGCAAAGUGAAGGACCGCCUUCCCUCCAUCGUGGUGGAGCCCACGGACGGCGAGGUGGAGAGCGGGGAGCUGCGCUGGCCUCCAAAAGAGUUUAUCGUCAGCGAGGAAGAGGAGGAAGAUGACGACGAAGAUGAAGAGGAGGAGGAGAGCAAUGGAAAGCCAAUGGGACAAGUGCAAAACUCUCAGCACUAGAACGGACUAAAUGACUGACUAUGUAUUUUUCACAAACACACACCCACCCCCACACAAAACACACACUUCUAAUGGUUUGUAUUCAUCGAAAAUCUUAAAGAAAGUUGUUUCAAGUCUCGGAUUUCCCUCCGCCCACCCAGAUCAGAUCUUCCACCUGGUGCUAACCUGAAGGAUGAGAUGAUUCAUGAAUAUGGCCCAUUUGCUUAGUAAACAUGAUGAAACCCACAUUGCACGUUUCCUAUGUAGGCCCCCCCAUCGUAGUCCCCCAAUGUUUACAUACUAACACACUCCCAUGUUGUUUUUCUCACGUCAGUAUGACCUAAUUAUCUACGAGCACACACGGCCAUAUAUGUGCUGGAGACUGGAGUGGCCUUUGGUGUCCUGGACCUCCAUAGUCCUUUCUGUCCAAUUUUGUCAAUUCUUGACCACCAAGGACGUUCCUUCAAGAUCGGAUGAACGAAAAAUUCAAGAAAGCCACGUCUGGUCCUCCUGCAAACCAAUGGAGAUGUUUCUGACUAGGACUUGAUACAGAGCCAGUGUUUUUUUUUUUUUUUUUUUUUUUUUUGCCUUUGUUUCUGUUUUUUUGUCAAUUUUCCUUCAUCCUGAUUGGUUGAACUUGUCAAUGGGUUUAAGGAAGUUGCCAUUGAGUUGUAAUGGUUGAUGGUGAUCUGAUGGAAUGUGGGGUUUGAGAUAAGCUAAAGAAAGUGGUGGAAAGUUAAAGGAAUGGUUUGGUGAAAGUAAUUUCAAAUUUACUCAGUUUUCCCAAAAUCCCUACCUCUAGUUUGAGAUUGGCCAAGACAAGCAUGGUGUAGAAAACUGUAAAAUCAGUUUCCUAGAUUGGGAUUAAGUUUAGUUGUAGACUGUAUUUUAUCUUUAAUGGAAAAUCUCCAUUAAACAUCAUGUGUAGUCCAAGACUAAACUUAUUUUUUGUUGGGGAAACUCGCAGUCAAUGCCUAAACCUCAAACACUUCGCCUAACCAGCUCAAACCAUGUUCAGGUCUUCAUUAAGGUGGUGCAGACUCUGCUGUUGGUUAGGCCUUACUUUGAGUGGUAUUAAAAUUAACGUUGUUCUAGUAGCUCAAACUACACAAGCAAAAUUUGGAUACUAAACAUGUAUUUGGCCUUUAUUUACAUCUAGGGUAAGUGAGGAAGUGGGAAACUGUCUACAUUUAUCACUGGUAAUUGAAGAGCACUUAUGGAAACAUAUUUUGUUCUCUGGAUAAAAUCCGGAAUUUCAGUCAUUUUUUACUUUUGUUUAUCCUAAAAUAUAUCUUUUUUUUUUCUCUCUCUCUCUCUGUCCUCUUUGCAAUAAAUACUUUUUGAAGCCUAUUCCCAAAAAUAACAUUAGGAAAAAAAUCAUGACCAUGCUUUUUUCUCUGCCUCUUGUUUUUUUUUUACCUGUAUGUCCAAAUUUUGACUUUGCAUCAAUAAUACUGACUUAUUAUCUUAACAUAACACAAGACUACUAUCUCAAGAUCUUCACUAAUUGCCCUGAAACUGUUCAAUCUUUUCUAAAUGUAACCAGUGUUUUAUUCUGUUACCUUAAAGUAAUGAUUGAAAGUAAUGUGGAUUAAUGGACUUCUCUUUUAAUUUACAAAUGAUUUACUUUCUUGAACAUCUAGUAUUUGCUUAAAAUCAGUCAAUUCAAAUUACAAACCUUAAAAAAAAUGUUUAUUUUGAGAUGUUGAAGGAAAUGGUCAUUAGUUUGAGAUACAAAUUGAGAUGCGUCUAUUUAUUUUCUCACAUUUCUUUUUUUUUCUCAUUCUUUUUCCUGCUUUACCAGCCGAUAGUGAGCUUCCACAGCUCCUGUUUGUAAAUAGUGUUGCUGUAUGCCGACAUAAUCCAUUUCACUGUGAAUAUCCCGCACCUGUUGUGUGUCUUUUUUUGUAGAUACCGGUUUUCUCGUCUGAUAGCAGUCGUGUGGCGUUCGGUUGGACGUGUGUUUUGAUGAUGUGAAGGAGGAAAAAAAAUCUAAUCGAUGUCAUUUAUAAAGCCUUUCUUACAUCAGAACGCUUCCAUUUAUUCACCGUUUAUCUUUUCUUUACGGGAGGCAUUAGCUGACCUACGUUCUGUCCACUGAAAUACUGCAAUUGAUUUAAUUGAGUCUUCCUGCUUCCACUGGGGUGUCAGGAGGGGGCUAUUUUUAUGCACAUUGAGAACCUGACUGACAUUUAUUAUUAUUUUUUUUUAUGUUCCUCCCCUCAGUGGAAAGGUCCUGAAAGGUCACCUGGACACUGAGAGCACCUUGUAUAUUGGCGUAUAGAGGCGGGACAGCUAGCCUUUAUUUCAGUGUUUUUUGUUUCCUUUUGAUUUAAUUUCUUUUUUUUUUAUGUCAUAACCUGUGUAUAGAGGCUUUGAUGUAAGUUCUGUGUGUGUGUGUGUGAAUGUGAAUGGUGAAUGUGUGUGUGUGUGAGUGUGUAUGUUUUGGGCGGGCGGUGUGUUGUAAUGUUGAGGACCCCCUCUCCUGUGUGAAGCACCUGUAGAUUUGUUCGCUCUGUAUUUGUGUACAGCUCAGGGAGAAUAGCUGCCAUCUUUUUCAUUCUUGAUUUCUCUUGUUACCACUUUUCUCUGUGAUGGACAGAGGUUGUAAAUAAACAUUUUUGAACGUAA